GCUGAUCAAGAUGACAACUUCCCAAAAGCACCGAGACUUCGUGGCAGAGCCCAUGGGGGAAAAGCCAGUGGGGAGCCUGGCCAGGAUUGGUGAAGUCUUGGGCAAGAAGCUGGAGGAAAGGGGCUUUGACAAGGCCUAUGUGGUCCUUGGCCAGUUUCUGGUGCUAAAGAAAGAUGAAGAUCUCUUCCGGGAAUGGCUGAAGGACACAUGUGGUGCCAAUGCCAAGCAGUCCCGGGACUGCUUCGGGUGCCUUCAAGAGUGGUGCGACGCCUUCUUGUGAGGCUC